AUGGCCCCUCCAUUAAUAAAAUACGUCGCCUACGCCCUCCCUGACCACUGCGAACCGACGUCGUCGUUCCUUGCCUCGCUCUCCUCCCACCUACACAUAUGUCUUCCUACACUACAAGCGCUUCUUUCGUCGACACUGGGGACACUGAGCAUCUUGUCAUGGCUGUUCGCUCAGCUUCCUCAGAUAUACAAGAACUAUCAACUCCAAUCAACUUCCAGCCUUUCAAUAUUCUUCCUCAUCAUCUGGUGUCUCGGAGACAUGGGCAAUCUUCUCGGAGCUCUAUUCACCAAGCAAGCCGCUUGGCAGGUCAUCAUCGCGGGCUACUAUGUCUUCGUUGAUAUCACUCUUGUAUUCCAGUUCUUCUGGUACACUCAUUUCAAGGGACGCCGAAUCGAUAACCACACCGCCAUUCCUCAUCCCGGCAAUGAUAAUGCACCCCCGAAUGUCAUUGAGGGCAUCUCCUUCUCCGAGGAUGGAUCUCUCGCAACUGGCAACUCCCCACAAAUCGCUCCCAAAUCAGACAUCAAGGGCGCGAUAGAUUUCAAGACGGGGAGUUUCAACACCUUGAACAAUGUCUCGCCGUCUUUUUCGAACGAGAAACUCAGCUCAUCGCGACGGUCUAUCGUUAGAUCUGGCGGCGGCAGCAUGACUUUCCAGAACACAGCGGCUCGCACCGUACUAUUGGCGUCCAUGCUUUGCACAGUUGCAGCCAAUGCAGCACCAACUGAAGUCGACCCGGCUUCCCCUUCAUCAGGGCUGACUCUUAUGUUUCUUGGUACUAUCUUCUCUUGGAUGUCCACAGUCCUCUACCUCGGCUCGCGCCCGCCUCAGCUGUACAAGAACUAUCACCGCAAGAGCACCUCUGGCCUGUCGCCGCUCCUUUUCAUGGCCGCAUUUUGCGGUAACCUCUUUUACUCCUCUUCUCUUCUCACGAACCCAAACGCCUGGUAUGAUUUUGCACCAUAUGGUGGCGGCGGGUGGGCAGAUGCAGAUGGAAAUAACCGCUUUGAGUGGGUGGCACGCGCUACUCCUUUCUUCCUCGGAGCCUUUGGCGUCCUUUUCCUCGACGGCUUCAUGGGUGUGCAAUUCCUCAUGUAUGGCUCGGCUGAUGACGAAUCUGUGAUUGAGAUUGAGGAUACCAAGCGCGGUCGUUGGACACGGGUCCGCGGCUGGAUGAGAGGCUGGAUCCCCUCGCCUGUGCGGAAACCAAGAUCUGAGUCUGGUUCUGAGGAGCAGUCUCUUUUUACUGAGAGGCGAAGCAGGUAUGGCACGGUCUGA